AUGGAGUUUUUCGGAAAAGUGAUAAUGUCAUUGAGUCUUAUGAUGAUGAUUAUGUGGAAGAGUGUGGAUUGUUACAGUAGUGGCUGGGUCAAUGCUCGAGCCACAUUCUAUGGAGGUGCUGAUGCUUCUGGCACCAUGGGCGGCGCGUGUGGCUACGGGAACUUAUAUAGUCAAGGUUACGGCACGAACACGGCGGCGCUAAGCACGGCUCUAUUCAACAGAGGCCAAAGCUGCGGCGCUUGUUUUCAGAUAAAGUGCGUUAACGACCCAAAAUGGUGUCGUCGGGGAACAAUCACCGUUACCGGAACAAACUUUUGUCCGCCCAACUUUGCUCAAGCCAACAACGCCGGAGGUUGGUGUAACCCUCCCCAGCAUCACUUCGAUUUGGCUCAGCCCAUUUUUCUCCGUAUCGCUCAAUAUAAAGCCGGUGUCGUCCCUGUCCAAUACCGGAGAGUGGCUUGCCGGAGAAGAGGAGGGGUACGAUUCACGAUCAACGGCCAUUCAUACUUUAACCUCGUACUAGUAACCAACGUUGGUGGUGCCGGAGAUGUUCUCUCCGUCUCCAUUAAAGGAACAAAGACAGGAUGGCAAAGCAUGUCGAGAAACUGGGGACAGAACUGGCAAAGCAACGCAAAUCUCGACGGUCAAGCUCUCUCCUUCAAAGUAACCACUAGCGAUGGCCGUACAGUUGUGUCUAACAACGUUACUCCUCGUAACUGGAGCUUCGGACAGACUUAUACCGGAAGACAGUUCUGA